ACCAGUUACUUUCUCCGCAACCGGUCUGUUGUGUAAUAACGCAUUAUACCGGAGUAACGAGUUUGUAAAAACUAUCCUUUUAACAGUUAAACGUCUUAAAAAACAAAAACAAAACAAAACUAGAAACAUUGAAUUUUAAACGUCACAACACGUGACCAACUGGAACAUGUAAAACAGAGCUUGUUGUCAUCAAACUAAACAUUCCCUCCCUGGCGCAGAGAUGCCUAAAAAGAAAACCGGGGCCCGGAAAAAGGCCGAGAGCCGAAAAGAACGAGAGAAACAGAGCCGUGCUAACCGGGAAAAUGUCGACGUGGCUAAACACCCAUGUAACUUCAUCAUGGAGUGUGACAAAUGUCAGAGAAAACAGAAGAACAGGGCCUUCUGCUACUUCUGUAACUCCUUUCAGAAGCUCCCUGUUUGCGCUCAGUGUGGCAAAACGAAGUGCAUGAAGUCUUCAGACUGCGUCAUCAAACACCCAGGGAUUCACACUACUGGGAUGGCCAUGGUGGGGGCAGUGUGUGACUUCUGCGAAGCUUGGGUGUGCCAUGGUAGGAAAUGUCUGAGCACUCACGCCUGUGUCUGUCCCCUGACUGACGCCGACUGCAUAGAGUGUGAGCGCUGUGUUUGGGACCACGGAGGGAGGAUUUUCCGCUGCUCUUUCUGUCAUAAUUUCCUGUGUGAGGAUGAUCAGUUUGAGCACCAGGCCAGUUGCCAAGUCCUCCAGGCAGAGACUUACAAGUGUGUAUCCUGUAAUAGACUUGGUCAACACUCCUGCCUGCGUUGCAAGGCCUGCUACUGCGAUGACCAUGCCAAGAGUAAAGUCUUCAAACAGGAGAAGGGCCGAGCUCCACCGUGCCCAAAGUGUGGUCACGAGACGCAGGAGACAAAAGAUCUCAGCAUGUCCACUCGAACGCUCAAAUUCGGCCGCCAGUCUGGCGCUGACGACGAGGACGACGACUACGACGGAGCCUCUGGGUACGACUCCUACUGGAAGAACUUGGCAUCUGGUGGAGGAGCCCAACAAUACGAGGAUGGAGAAGAUGACGAUGAGGAGGAGGAGGAUGAAGAUAAUGAUGAAGAGGAGGAGGAUGAUGAGGAGGAAGAUGAUGAAGAGGAGGAAGAGGAUGCAGCUGCUGACUCUCUUGCUGGUCUUAAACUGGAUGGGAGUGCCUAGCUGUCUGUAGAAUAAAGAGAUUCAGUUCACAAUGUGUCGAGUGUUGAGAUUACUGUAAUGAUUUACUAUGGAGAAUUCAAGGGCCUCUUUAGCUGUGGACCAAGAACACACACUCUGUUGACCAUUGAACAAGGUGCAUUAAAGGUGAUGUCUUUCCUUCAUUUGCCCUGA